UCAGUCGUUUUGACAUUAGUAGUUUGUAUAAAUCAGUAUAAAUUGUUAAAAACAUCAACAACCAGAAUAUAUUUCAGUAGAUUUUUUCAACAUAUAGAUUAAACAUGGCUACAAACUCUGAACCAAUUCAAGUCAGCUCUCUGCCUUUGCCACCGGUACAAUAUAUAAAUCAUUAUUCGGAUGAUAUUGUUAAAAGGGGUAGAGCCCCUAGGCCUCCACUCCCUAUUCAUGAUACUUAUAAUAUGUUUGGCAAUACUUUCAAUACAGAAGAAAGUAUCAUAAGACCACUUGAAAGUCAGGGUAUCAAACGUUUAUAUCCAUUACAUUUUGAUCGUAGGAGGGAAUUGAAAAAACUUAAUUUAUCAUUACUGGCAAAUUUUUUGGAUUUAUUGGACUUGCUUGUUCACUGUCCAGAUUCUCCUCGAAGAGCUGAGAAAGUGGAAGAUCUUAGUUUGCUGUUUAUCCAUAUACAUCAUCUACUAAAUGAAUUUAGACCACAUCAAGCAAGAGAAACUUUAAGGGUUAUGAUGGAAUUGCAAAGAAGACAGAGGAUAGAAACAGCAAACAGAUUCAAUAAACACUUGGAGAAGGUGCAAGAGAUUUUGCAGCAAGCAAUCCAAAAUUUACCAGAACCUAUGGAAGUAGAUUCUAAAUUAUUUAUUGAUACAAAUCACCUAAAUUCGUCUGAUAACCCAUCAAAAUCAGAUGCAAAUGGGGACCCUUGUGAUAUAUUAGACAGAAUUAUGUGUAAUGUUGUUGACUCUAUGUAAGAAAUUUUUGUAUUAAUAAAAUUU